AGGUGAAGCAAAUGAUGAUGAUUAGAAAUUAAAUGUGAGGUUAAAUUCAGAUCAGCUGGACUGUGGUUAGUAAGUUGGACUACGUGCGGCCAGCAGUAAGAGCAGUAAGAGCCUGGUUGAUCCCCGGAAUACCCUCCAGACGAGGAUCUGCGUCAAUGGUUUAAUGAGUGACGGCCAGUAAUAACAUACCGCAGGAUGACGCCCACCCAUGUACCACCACCCAUCCACAGCACACCCAGCCAGGUCACGGCGCCUCAGUCUUACCUGGACGAGAAAGAGAAGCUCUCUGAGUUGAAGUGGACUGGAUUGUGGGCUAGUGUGAUCACAUUGCUCAACUGUAUGUACGGACAGCAGACCUUUGCCAAACAGCUGGCUCCUGAUCCACGUCAAGACUCCUGGCUCCUCAUGAAGUCUCCUCUUCCUUCCCUCAUAACCUCGUUAGUUUACAUAGCAGCAGUCACUUGGUGGGGACCCCUCUACAUGGUUUCCAGGAAACCUGUUACCGGCCUCAGGAAAGUUAUGAUGGCAUACAAUACAUUCCAAGUCGGCUUUUCUGCUUGGUUAUUCUAUGAGGGUGGAAUGAGUGGCUGGUUUGGUAGCUAUUCCUUCCUUUGUCAGAAGUGCGAUUUCUCCGACAACCCACAAGCCAUAAGGAUAAUGCAUUGCGCCUUCUGGUACCACUUCUCCAAACACAUUGAUUUUAUAGAUACGAUAUUCUUCGUGUUGCACAAGAAGUACCAGCAUAUAUCGCUGCUACACAUGACCCAUCACGGCCUCAUGCCUAUCAGUACCUGGUAUGGAGUCCGCUACUACCCAGGCGGCCACAACACGCUUUUUGGAUUCUUGAACUGUUUCGUACACGUGGUGAUGUACUCUUACUACCUACUGGCUGCCAUGGGUCCUCACGUCCGUCCUUGCCUCUGGUGGAAGAAGUACCUCACUACCCUCCAGAUGAUGCAGUUUACCAUAAUAUUUCUCCAAGCCGCUUUGAACCUGUUUUUGGAAUGUGAUGUCCCUCUAGUAGUUUCAAGCUGGAUAGGCUUCGUCGCAUUUCUCUUCUUCAUACUCUUCACAAACUUCUAUGUGAAAGCCUACCUCAAACUUGGCAACAAAGAGAUGCAAAUUGAAAGUAUCAGUUCGCCGGAUGAUAUUGAGGAAAAGUCCAAAUACGCUGAGAGUACAGACGGUGAUAUUUUAAACCUAACUAACAUCGACGAUGGAGUGAGUGACAUCUUGUCCAGCACAGAGACUGAUUUACUUCCUUCAGCACAGGAAGAAGAGAUGAUGAUAAGAAUUCGUCUGAAGGACUCUGAAGGACUCUGAAGGACGCAAAAUGUCUAAAUGUUCAUUUUAAGUCCAGAAAUAUUUUCUAAUUUAUAGGUAAAAUGAGCUCGCCUGUUUAAUUUAUUCUUCCCAAGAUUGUGGUCUGUUGAGCUUCAAAAGUAUGAUCAUAAUAGACCAUCUAUAUAUUUAUACUUUGAAUCUUGUAUGUAAUGGUUACUUAUUAAGGGAAGAUGACUUUGUAAAGUAUAAUAUUCUUAGCAGUUGUUUAAACUAAAUGUAUUAACUUUUAUUAUAUCAGAGGUGGCCAUGACACGACUUAGUAAUUUAAAACUGAGGCAUCUGAAAAAGGGGUUUUUACCUUUUGAAAGGAACAUAAUGGGAGGGGGAAGGAAGCAGCAAUCCCUAAAAUGCUGGCAAGAGGUAGUUUUAUUGAAUUUAACUAAUGUACUGUAGUUUUGUAUUUAGCCGCACCCAUGUCUAGGAAUUAUACCCCCCCCCCCAGUACACCUUUUCAUAAGUUUAAAAUUGUGCGUCAGCGAUAUGUUGAGUCUGUGCCUGUUAAUCACGACCAGGUUUAGAUACUGGUUAUCCUCGCUCUUGUACAGUAGUCUAAAUUCACACAGCUUGCUAAUUACCUAUUUUUAAACUAAGUAAAUUUAACUUAAGACUGUGGAUUUAAUAGCAUUGAUCAGGGCCAAAUGAUUUUAGUUUGCAUAAAUUUAUUUAUUGCCGAAGUGUAUAAUACAGAAUUAAAUAUAUAAAUUA